AUGGUUUUCGGAUUCGGCAAGGACAAGGACGACGACGACAGAUCGAACAGAAGAGACGAUAACAACGACGACUCGUACGGAUCUUCUAACAGAGGUAACAGCGACGAUUCUUACGGUUCUUCCAACAAGGACUCUUCGUACGGAUCUUCUGGUUUCGGUUCUUCCAACAGAGACAACGAUGACUCCUACGGCUCUUCCAAGAAGGAUACCUUCGGCUCUUCUGACGACUCAUACGGUUCUUCUAAAAGAGGUAACAAUGAUGAUUCUUACGGUUCUUCCAACAAGGACUCUUCGUACGGAUCUUCUGAUUUCGGUUCUUCCAACAGAGGCAACGAUGACUCCUACGGCUCUUCCAAGAAGGACACCUUCGGCUCUUCCAAGAAGGACACCUUCGGCUCUUCUGACGACUCAUACGGUUCUUCUAACAGAGGUAACAAUGAUGAUUCUUACGGUUCUUCUAACAGAGGUAGCAAUGAUGAUUCUUACGGUUCUUCUAACAGAGACGACUCUUACGGUUCUUCUAACAGAGACGACUCUUACGGCUCUUCUAACCGUGACAACAGUGACAGAUAUUAA